AUGGAGGCAGUCCCAAGGAAUCUGGUCAGCAUAAUUGUGUCAUGGUGGGAGAUGUUUGAAGGAGAAAACAAAAAAAGUAUUGGAGUUCAAAGGAGGGACUCUGGGCUUAGGGAGAGAGGGUCGGCUAGCUGGUCUAAACCGAGUGUUGGUGUUGUCAAACUGAAUAUAGAUGGAGCUCUGGAUGUUAAGAGAGGAAUUUAUGGAAUUGGGGCAGUGCACCAUGAUGAGAAUGGGAUUUGUUUGGGAGUUUUAGUAGUGUCAGGUACUGGUUUACUGAGUCUUCACGUUGUUGAGGCUUUAGCACUUGUUCACGGGCUGCAUUUCUGUGCCCAGAUUGGCUUCACUCACCUGGAAGUAGAAGGCGACACCUUGAAUGUUUUUGCAGGGUUGGAUGAAGCAAUUGAUGAUUUCAGCGAAGUAGGUGCUAUUAUGGAUGAAGCAAGGAGCUAA